AAAGAGACAAUGAUAGUCACAAGACUCUCUCAGAGCUGAAGAUAUGGGAGCGACCCUUAGCAUCUUCUUAGCUAUUCUUCUUCUUUCUAUCAUAAAUGGAGGCCUGGGAGCGCCAUGCAGUGUCUCGGAGAUAGCCAUCGAUCAGGCGAGGACUGGUGAUGUUGUCGAGGGGAAGCCAGAGUAUGAGGUGACAGUGAGCAACAAAUGUGAGUGCGCUCAAUCCAAGGUUUUUGUGCAGUGCUAUGGCCUCAGCAGCGUCGAGCCAGUGGAUCCCCGGGCCAUCAAACCGGUGGAUGCCGAGCGCUGUGUUGUCGGAGAGGGCCAGCCGAUCCCUAAAGGGGCUCGCAUUAAGUUCAAGUAUGCGUGGAUGACACCUCAGGAUUUCCCUGUGGUCAGCUCUCAUGUUCACUGUUAAGUGUUAAUAAAGAUCAGAAGGCAGAUGCUAAGUUUUGUGACUUUGUUUUGCUCUUUUGGUUCUACUGUAACAGACUGGAAGCUUGUUCUAUUAUGUUUCAUGUUUGUCAGCUGUCUACUCCAAGGAAAAUGGCAGCUAAAAGUCCAACAAUCUUCUAAAAGUUCCUUCUAUUAUUGUGGGAUGUCAACCUGGAAACUCCUAUAUAAUCAGCGUCUUUUCUUUC